UUUCGCGAGGCGAAUGUUAACCGUGUUCCAGUUUUGAGGAUAUUUGGCUCAACUCCUGGUGGACAGAAGACUUGUGUUCAUAUUCAUCAAGUAUUUCCUUACUUAUACAUACCUUACGAUGGAACUAAACCCACAGAUAAAUAUCUGAAACAAUUUACGACAAGUGUAGACUUUGCUGUUCAAGUUGCGUUUGGUAGAACAUCAUCUUCUAUGAAAUAUGUUCAUAAAACUGAAAUUGUUAAGAAAAUACCAUUUUAUGGUUAUCAUGAGAACGAAGAAGAGUUUAUUAAGAUGGAGUUGUACAAUCCAAGAAUUAUUCCCAAACUUGUUGAUCUUCUUCAGAAUGGAGCUAUAUUGAACAAGUCAUUUCAACCACACGAAGCUCGUGUUCCUUAUAUUCUACAGAAAUUUAUGCCUGGAUCCCACUGUGAAAAAAGUCAGUCGAUGUGAACUUGAAGUUGAUGUAAUUGCUGAAGACAUCUUGAAUCAAAUAAAUGUUGAAAGUUGUAUUGGUCAUAAUCCUGGUAUAACUGCUAUGUGGGAAGAUGAAAGACAACGAAGACGAGAUAUUGGACUACCUUCACAAGUUGCUCUUACUGUUUCACAAGAUCGUGUUGAAACACCCGUAUUGAAUCUUGAGAAAGAAUUUAAUGAAAAAAUCAAAGAAAUUAUUGAUGAAAGAAAUAAAGUGAUUCAAAGUGAGUUGGAGACAAUAGAAAAAUCUCUUUCACCCAAAGACUUUAAAGAAUUUUCUCAAAGUAUUUUGUCACAAGGCAAGCAACCGCAGUGUGAAGCAACAAUAAACCAAGAUGUGGAUGUGGAUAGUCCAGUUGUCGAUCAGUCAGUUAUAGAUGUACUACAAGCCAGCCAGGCCAGCAAUUCAUCUGGAGAGUUGGAUAUAGAAUUGGUGGAGAUUUUAAUGAGUUUAGAUAAGGAUGACAAUGAAACACUGCUGCAUGAAUGUUCUCUUAUUGCAGGCUCACAAAAAGGUAGUGAUGAUGAACAUGAUGAAGAUAUUGAUGAAGAUAAAGAAUCAAUAUUAAUGUCACAGCCAUUUUGGAAAGAUAAUGAAGAGCAACAUGAUUCCCAAAGGCUUAUGCAAACAUCGGAGACGUUAGUGAGAACUUUUGAGCCUUUGACUUGCCUCUGCACUGAUCAGCUCUCAAGUUCUCCCAAAGUUCGGAGGAUGAAGAGGAAAUGGACUGGAAACCACCUUUGCGUAUGCCUCAAGUGGAUGGUCCUGGUGAUGACGAGGACUCUGCAGGCCAUGGUAGCACGUGUACAACUGUAUCACGUGGUUUUAAGGAUAAAAUUGGAAAAUGAAAAUCGAGUAUGACGACGACAAUGAUUUUCAAAGUAAAGAAAAAUCAAAAAGUAAAAAUUUAAAGAAAUGUAAAC